GGCAUUUUGUGGGGCUCUGCCCGCUAAUCAUUAUCCGGCUGUGUCGUGCCCCAUGGCAGGGGAGGACCUGCAGGGCUCGCAAGGCGUGGCGCAGGCGCCGUACUUGGUGCCCGCGGUGUUGACCUUGCCCGAGGACGAGCCGCCCACGCCGCGUGACGCCGCGCGUGACACACCGCGUUUGACGCGCCGGCGGAGCUCCAUUGCCUCGUCGGGGUGCAACUUCCACGACAUCCUCGGGCAAAUCCAGGUCUUGCAAGAGCGCUUGCUCCAGAUCUAUGAAACGGACGCACAGACGAAUCAGACGACGGAUGCACGGACAAAGCUAGCGCCUGCGUUGCAGAAGACUUGGACGAGCAAAAAGGGGAAGCACAAGUCCAGCUCGGCGGCCUCUUCGAAUCAGCUCACCGUGAGCCUGGCCGAAUAUCCCAAUCCCUCGGAGUCCCCACUGGAGGGGCGCGGCAGCCUGGAUCGGCAGACCUCGGUGGAGCGGCGGCUCUCAAGGAGCUUGGUGCAAAGCGCGCGGCAGAAGACCACCAACCUGGAGCAGUUGUUGCAGAGCUCAGAUGUUUCCUUCCAAAUUGGGCAGAUGUGGGCCAUGCGCGACGAAGACCUCCAAGAGUUGCAGAAGAACAACGCGGUGACUUCUCCACGCUUGGCGACGGGCGACACGGGUGGUGGCAAGAAGUACCGCUGUCAGACGGAAAGGGUUCCCGGUUGGGCCAUCCGCCCAGAGGCGCCCAUCAGGAUGAUUUGGGAUUGCUUGGCCAUGGUAGUGCUACUCGUUGAGAUUCUCACCGCUCCUCUGCAAGUCUACGACAUCAGCGAAGGCUUCCGAGGUGUGUCGGAUGUGCUUCAUUGGGUGACUACCUGCUACUGGUUGCUAGAUGUUCCGGCCUCCUUCUUCACCGGCGUCUACAUCAAUGACAUUUUGCACACGAAACUGGCGGACGUGGCCCGUGCAUAUCUCAAAUCCUGGUUUUGGUUUGAUAUGCUCAUGUUAGCACCUGAAGCUUUGGUGAUUGUGAAUGGCUUACUGGAGCCUGGCGAUGCAGAGGAGGGCUCCGCCUCGGGGAUCCUGCGUGCCUUGCGCGCCCGGCGCCUGGUGCGGGUCGCGCGCUUCGUGCGGAUCCUGCGCUUUCGGAAGUCCAUGACGGUGAUCAAGAAGCUGAGCUGCUAUCGGCAAUUCCGGCUGUUCUUCCAGGGUUGGGUCUCCUCCACUUUGAUGCCCAUCCUGAUGCUGACGUUGGGCCUGAUGUUUGCGGUGCAUUUCCUGGCCAGCCUGUGGUUCCUGGCUGGGGAUGUGGAAGGUGGCUGGGUGGUGUUGGAAGGCCUCCAUGAACAAACCAUCGGGCAACAAUAUGUGAGAAGCGUGGAGUGGGCCGUGUCCCGGUUGCCUGCUUCGUCUUUAAAGUUCAAUGUGGAACUCAACACUGCCUUUGAACGCUGGCUGGCCAUUAUUGCCACAGGCAUCGCCUUGAUCAUCUCCUCCUUGUUUGUCAGUGUGUUGACCAACCUGAUGGCAGAUGUCGCUCGCCGAACCCGGAAGAUGACGCAGAUCAUGGAGUCGGUGCGAAGGUAUUGUGGAACCUGUGGCGUCUCUGCCAUGCAUACGAUGAAGAUCCGCCGGCUGGUGGAACGUGAGCAUUGCCGGGAUAGCAUCCAAGACCACAUGCAGUUCUUGCUCUCUUUGCCCGAAGGUCUGGUAAAGGAGCUUUUUCAUGAGGCUCGCUCCAUUACUUUGGCUUGCCAUCCCUUUUUCCUGGAGAUCGGCGCUGCCGAUACCACCAUGGAGUUGAACCUUUGCAACCAUGCUGUCCGUGAAUUGUACCUCUUGGAGAACGACAUGCUUUUCUACAGCAAUCAGAAGGGUCAAGGCAUUUACCUCAUGGCCUCUGGGGCGGCGCACUAUUUUCCGGGCUCCGAGUUCUACCAGCCUCAGGUCGCCACGCCGCACGAGCGGACCAAGAACAAGCACGGCACCAUGAGUUUCCUCGGUGUCUUCGGGGUGGGCUCCUUAGAAGGUCAGAGCACCGAGAAGAGCGAAGGCAGGAAGAGCACGUUUCGCGCUGACUCGCGGCAUCACAUGGAAAUCUCCGCGGAGGAUUACUGCAGUGAGCAAUCUUUGUGGAUCCGAGGGUGGAAGCACCAGGGAAGACUGGAAGCCUCGGUCGAAAGUCGGGCACUGCAUCUGCCCACGAACGAAGUAUUCCUGGUGCUGCAGGACCACGCAGACUCCUUGGCCACUGCUGUGGUCUAUGCACGCUCUUUCGUGGAGGCGAUGAACAACUUGCCAGCAGGGGAGAUCUCAGAUCUACCGUUGGAGCACGAGUGCUUGGCAAACUUUGCUGACCCAACGAAAUCAGCCAACUUGAAGAAGAAGUUUCUGGAGAGGCCCGACCGUGUGCAACCUGAGCCCAGUAGUUCUCCGGACACUUGAGCGGCGCCAGAGUGCGGGGCGAAGUAAAGACAGAGGCCACGAGUCGUAAAAAGAGCAUCACGAAGUCGUAAAAAUGGCC